GUAACUGAUGUGAUUUAACCGGUGGAUGGUGUUGGCAGGAACACAGUGGUGAAUAGUCCUUCAAACACAUAAGGACUCGUCUACCAACGAUGCAGCCAGCAGAAGGGACCACUGAACGAACCAGUCACGUUGGUCAAAGGAUUCCACUUGAAAACGCAAAUGAAUGGAUCUUUUUGGUGAACUGAUUCAAAAGACUCGAAUUACUGGAAUGAAUCAAAAUCCCCACCACGAGCAGUCGGUGAGAUGCGGGUGGAGCGAGCGCACCAUCAGCCUCCGGAGCAGCGCGCGGGGCUCAGCAUCCAAUCAGCGCAAGGCAGAUGUCUUAUAGCUGCUGUGUGCUCUUCACUUUUACUCACUACAAAGGCGACUGAUCCACUGAAAUAUCAACAAACUAUGUUUCCAGACUUGGCAGGAGGGAUGUUAAGUGAAUGGAGCCCUCUUCACAACCUCCUCCUGCUUUUGGCUUCUAAUUAAAACUUGGCUGUAGAACAUUUCCCUCUCAAAUGUUUAAUUGCCUUUCAGAUGUUGAUGGACUCAUUUGGAUUCUCUCCAAGACACUAACAAUGACUUCAAACACCUGAAAAUUAUAAAUCACUACCCCACAUGUUCUCACAGGGCAUUACUAAGGAAAAACUCCCGCUGUUGGAAUGACACCUGUAAUUUAUAUUCAUUAAUUUUUCAAUAGGACUUGGAAUAACAAUGGCUGCAAUUGAAGUGUAGAGCAUUCAGAAAGUAAGAAGCUGGACAUGACUUUCCUUGGAGGGGUUUAUGUGUCAAAGAAAGUCUUCAUCCCUCAUGGCUGUCCCCUUACCUUGAGAUACAUUUUAGCUGUGAUUUGUUUGAGUGCAAAAGGUUUUGCGUGUCCCAAGAGUUGCCAUUGCUCUGAGAGGAAUGGCUUGACGGUUGUGCAGUGUUCCUCUCGCAACCUAGAAGAGAUUCCCUCCGACCUUCCUCACAAUACUGUGUCGCUUCUUCUGUCCUCCAAUCACAUCACCAAAAUCCCAAACCAGGCUUUUAAAAACCUUCCCUGGCUCCAAGAGCUGGACAUGUCAAGGAACGCCAUCGAAACCGUGGACGCAGGGGCUUUUCAAGGUGUCACAGAGAGCUUGCGGGCGCUCGACCUGUCCCAUAAUCACAUGCAAAGCGUCCCUAAGGAAGCCUUCGCUCGGCUGCAUGCCAAGAUCAGCCUGUCCAACAACCCAUGGCACUGUGAGUGCACCCUUCAGGAGGUGUUGCGUGAACUCCGGCUGGAUCCCGAGACUGUAAACGAGGUGAGCUGCCACACCGCUGUUCAGGAAGAGUACGCCGGCAAGCCUGUCAUCCAGGUCUUGGAUUCGGGCAUAAACUUUUGUAACUUCCACCAUAAGACUACCGAUGUGGCUAUGUUUGUCACCAUGUUUGGUUGGUUCACGAUGGUUAUCGCUUAUGUCAUCUAUUACGUACGGCAUAACCAGGAAGAUGCUAGGAGGCAUCUGGAGUACCUCAAGUCCCUGCCAAGUAGCUCCCAAAUUAGUAAGGACUUUGACACAAUCAGCACUGUUCUCUAGCAUCAGUCAAUGCAGUGUAGGAGUGAAUGUGUUUGGCACAUUGAUGAUGGCACAACAGCAAGCCUUAUAAGGGAGAGUGGGGUAAGAUGUGUCAUUUACUCAGUUUGUCCUCAAAGAAAUGAGAAACAAGGAAUCAUUGAGAAAACUGUAUUUGUAUGCACUUAAAAGAAAUCAUUUGCUGGGCAAAAACCAGUUCCAAAGUUUUUUUUUCCUGUACAUUAUUGACAUUUUCAUAUAGAAGACAAAAUAUUUAAUUUUGAUAAUAUUUUAUUUUCAAUAUUUUCUAAUAAUAGUAUUUUGUGCAGUUGGAACCGAAACUUACCAAAUGCCUAACAUGCAUGAAAUGUAUCUUUUAUUGAUUUGCUUUGACAAUAAUUUUUUUUUUUACGUGCAAAAUGAAAAGCACCUCUUAUUCAGUAUGCAGCUGCUUAUUUUGCUGAGUGCUUUUUAAAUAUUUGUUCCAGUUUGAUUGAUUAUAAAAAUGACAGAUUAGCCACUGACACAUUUUGCCCUACUCCUCACGAGUUCCAGUAUUAUUUUAUUUGAUUGUGAAUGUUUUUCCUAGGUUUUAGCACAAUGAAUGUGUUGACAAUUGUUCUGUGAUGCAAUUCAGUGUCCCCAUUCACGUCCCCUCAGUCGACCUACAUAAGUCCUGCAGUCUCUGUGGUGGCCGCUUUGUGCCUCACGACAGGAAGCUGCAGAAGCUCUGUUUUUUUUUUUCUGCAGGUGCUUAUCCCAUUAAUUCUUGAAUUCUCUGGUUUUAUUAAUUUGUAUGCUAAUUAAAUGUUAUUUCAGAACAGAAUAUUUAAUGCUGGAUAUAUGGGAUAUUUUUGUUCUUCUUUUAUAGUGCUGACCAAGUAGAGCAAGUAGAUAAUCACUGCCAAAAAAGAAAAAAAAGGCCAUCAGUUAAGCUCUGCCUUGAUAACUGGAAACUUGCCCCAUUUUUGGCAGAGUUCUAUUUACUCAAGUGCCUAAUCCUGGUACCUCAGCACCAAUACACUGUGCAUUGGGCAUUAUUUGGUUUGCUAUCUCUGUUCUUCUACAAUUAAAAUAGUACUUUAAUAGUAGGUGUUAAGUAGAACAGUGUCAUUUGAAGUCUCAAGUGAAAAUUUUGGUGUAUUUUGACGAUUUCUCAGAUUGAUAGGCCAUAUGUACAAUUAGAAGAUUUAAUCAAAAUACUUUCAAAAUGGAUUUUGUCACCUGUGUGUUAGUUUAAAAGGGCUUGCAGGUUAUAUUUCAUGUAGACUAAUGUGUAUUUCUGUCCUCUUGUAUCAGUUUUUCAUUGUGACAAGCCUUUCAGCAGUAGUAUAUAUCAUAGUGUAUAUCAUAGCAACAUACUGUAAGAAAAUAAAAAUGCUAUUAGAAGGACUCUGCCUUCCUUCCUACUUCCAACAGACUUUUAGAUUUCUUCAUUGUUUUCUAAACAGCGUUCAGUCUACUGUGUGAAUGAGCUUUUGCGGACAUGCUCAGCAAUCAAAAAAUCGAUUACUUUGUGGUCCUUGAUUUUAUUUACUUUUGUUUUUCUGUGAGUACUAGGUGCAAAACAAUGCCUUGCAGAAAUGUGUUCUGCACCUUCAGGGAUUUCGUGAGGAGUCAUACCACUGAGAGUGGAUAUUAUGAUUGCUUUCCUGUCCAGGGGGCCCGAGGUCUAGCCGUAUGUGAGUCUGUAGCUCUAGAUCAAUAGCAGAUUCAUUACAGGGGAAGGUUCAGAAUGUUGCCGUGCGCUUUAAGCCAUACUGUUCAGGGACUAGAUGGCACCCUCAAUACAGUGAAGGUCUAUCAAACCGAAGUGUAAGAGAACGUGACUGUGUUUGUGUUUCUGUCUUCAAAGCAAACAUUUGAAUGGGUGGUCCAUCUCAGCAUUAAUGUGACCGUGUUUAGCACUCAAGUGUUCUGUUUUUAUGUAAACAAUUGACCCUAUAAGAAUGUAUUUAU